AAAUAUCCUUUAACAUAGUAAAUCAGCAUAAUAACCAAAGUUGUGAUAUGGCACAAGUGAAGUUGCUAGGUUUUUGGUAUAGUCUAUUUACUCACAGGGUUGAGUGGGCUCUAAAGAUUAAGGGGGUAAAAUAUGAAUAUAUUGAAGAAGAUCGAUAUAACAAGAGCUCUUUACUUCUUGAAUCGAACCCUAUUUACAAGAAAGUCCCAGUGCUCUUUCACAAUGGCAAGCCCAUUUGUGAUUCUAUGGUCAUUCUUGAGUACAUUGACGAGACAUUUGAAGGCCCUUCCAUCUUACCUAAAGACUCUCAUGACCGUGCUUUAGCUCGUUUUUGGGCUAAGUUCCUUGAUGAUAAGGUGGUUACGGUGGUAAAUGCAUUCUUAGGCAAAGGAGAGGAGCAAGAGAAAGCUAAAGAGGAAGUUUGUGAGAUGUUGAAAAUUCUUGAUAAUGAGCUCAAAGACAAAACUUUCUUUGUGGCUAACAAAUUUGGAUAUGCUGAUAUUGUUGCAAAUUUGGUUGGACUUUGGCUUGGAGUUUUCCAAGAAGGCUCUGGAAUUGAAUUAGUAACAAGUGAAAAAUUUCCAAAUUUUUGUGGUUGGAGAGAUGAGUACGUUAAUUGCAGUCAAGUCAAGGAAUAUCUACCUUCGAGAAAUGAUUUGCUUGCUUUUUUUCAAGUUUUCGUUCGUGCUCAAGCUGCAGCUGCAGCUUCUGCUUCUACUCAAAAAUAAAUACAUUCCGAUUCAUCUUUUAAAGUUUCAAAUUAUGUGUUUUAAUCAUAUUUGUACUUCAUUAAUGUUGCCCCCACUUACUUGUACGUGUUCAUCUUUUGAAGUUCCAAAUUAUUUGUCUGAAUAAAAUUGUGAAUCUCCAUUGAUUUCAAUA